CCGCCGAUGAGGGUGACAGCGUGGCCCUGAACUGAAACUGCGGUGGCAACAUGGAAGCGGCGACGUUUACUUCAGCUUCACAGUUUCUAGCCGUUGGAAAUCCUGCUUCAUCGUCUUCGUGCUACGGUUCGUAUUCUCCAAGGCUGCUGCGUUAUAAGCUAAAUACUAACGCUCUCAAAUUCAAAGCUCACACAAGCUCUUCAAUUCGUGCUUCUGCUUCUAGUGACGGUGAUUCGGUGGUAACUCUGCUUGACUACGGUGCCGGAAAUGUUCGAAGUGUCAGGAAUGCAAUUCGAUUUCUUGGCUUUGGAAUCAAAGAUGUACAAACACCAGAGGACAUCUUGAAAGCCAAACGCCUCAUUUUCCCUGGAGUAGGUGCCUUUGCUGCUGCUAUGGAUGUGCUAAACAAGAAUGGAAUGGCUGAAGCACUCUGUACUUACAUUGAACAAGAUCGCCCAUUUCUGGGCAUUUGUCUUGGCUUGCAACUACUAUUUGAAUCGAGUGAUGAGAAUGGUCCAGUAAAAGGUCUUGGUUUAAUCCCUGGAGUAGUUGGACGUUUUGAUUCAUCUAAAGGCAUAAGGGUACCUCAUAUUGGAUGGAAUGCACUUGAAAUAACAAAAGACUCAGGGAUCUUGGAUGAAAUUGGAAACCGACAUGUCUACUUUGUUCAUUCUUAUCGGGCAAUACCAUCAGGUGAUAAUCAAGACUGGGUAUCAUCUACAUGCAAUUAUGGCGACAAUUUCAUAGCAUCUAUCAGAAAGGGAAAUGUACAUGCUGUUCAGUUCCACCCUGAGAAGAGUGGUGAUGUUGGCCUUUCUAUCUUGGAAAGGUUCUUGAACCAAGAGUCCAAAAGAACAAAGAAGCCAGUCCAAGGAAAGGCCUCUAAACUUGCAAAGAGGGUUAUUGCAUGUCUUGAUGUCAGGGCUAAUGAUAACGGUGAUCUUGUUGUAACAAAAGGUGACCAAUAUGAUGUAAGAGAGCACACAAAAGAAAAUGAGGUCAGAAACCUUGGUAAGCCAGUAGAUCUUGCUGGACAGUAUUACAAGGAUGGAGCCGAUGAGGUUAGCUUUUUGAAUAUUACUGGUUUCAGAGACUUCCCUCUUGGCGAUCUACCAAUGUUGCAGGUAUUGAGGUACACAUCAGAGAAUGUUUUUGUGCCUUUAACUGUUGGAGGCGGUAUUAGAGACUUCACUGAUGGAAAUGGCAGGUACUACUCUAGUUUGGAAGUUGCUUCUGAGUAUUUCAGAUCUGGUGCUGACAAGGUCUCUAUAGGAAGUGAUGCAGUAUAUGCUGCUGAAGAAUAUUUGAAAUCUGGAGUAAAAACUGGAAAAAGCAGUCUGGAGCAGAUCUCUAGAGUUUAUGGGAAUCAGGCAGUGGUUGUAAGUAUUGAUCCAAGGAGGGUGUAUUUGAAGGACCCAAAAGAUGUAGAGUUCAAGGCUGUCAAAGUGCGAAACCUAGGUCCAAAUGGUGAAGAAUAUGCUUGGUAUCAGUGCACAGUGAAUGGUGGACGAGAAGGUAGACCAAUUGGAGCAUUUGAGCUUGCAAAAGCUGUUGAAGAAUUGGGAGCUGGUGAAAUACUGCUAAACUGCAUCGACUGCGAUGGUCAGGGAAAAGGGUUUGAUAUAGACCUUAUCAAGUUAAUAUCAGAUGCUGUAAGCAUCCCGGUAAUUGCAAGCAGUGGUGCUGGAGCUGUUGAGCAUUUCUCGGAGGUUUUCAACGAAACAAAUGCCUCUGCUGCCCUUGCUGCUGGCAUUUUCCACCGAAAGGAGGUACCUAUUCAAUCUGUGAAAGAGCACCUGCUGAAGGAAGGUAUAGAAGUUAGAGCGUAAUAAUUUUAGUGAAGUUGAUAGGUAUGUCUACUACUGGCACUCAUAAAAUUUGUGAGUUUUGCACCGGGUUUAGCUUCUGUAGCUACAGGAUUUUUUAACAUGCUUCUUUAUGAUACUCGACCAUGCUUCAUCAAACUUAAUAAUGCAUAUGUUGUAAGGAGUUCCAUUUUUCAUGUGUAUUAGAAUCAUAAAAUUCUACAUUUUUAAUUAAGUCUAUCUUUAGACAUUUUUCA